AUGGUGAAGAAUUCCCAGCCCAAACUGCUCAUUGUUCUCCUUCCAAUCCUUCUGCUCUCAGUAAUCCAGUCCUGCUCCGCCGCUGGUGGGGUGGCCAUCUACUGGGGCCAGAACGGCAAUGAAGGGACCCUCUCGGAGACAUGUGCCACCGGAAAGUACGCCUAUGUCAACAUAGCCUUCCUCAACAAUUUUGGCAACGGCCAGACCCCCGAGCUCAACCUGGCAGGCCACUGCAAUCCGGCUUCCAACGGCUGCCAGGGGAUCAGCACCGGGAUCCGAGACUGCCAGAAGAGAGGAAUCAAAGUAAUGCUCUCCUUGGGAGGUGGCAUCGGGAACUACUUUGACAAGUCCCCCAGCAACGGGAACUAA